AUGAAUUUGGAUGAAUAUGUUGUUUCUUACGGCGAAUUUGGAAAGUGCGACAACUGUGAAAAUGCAUCUGAAGAAACUGCUUGCAUAAGAGGAAAAAGAUAUUGCAAGGACUGCAAGAAUGAGAAGCAGCCGAAAUCUUCAGCCGAAUUUCAAGAGUCGGAUGCAACAUUCAAAUGUCGCGAAAGAGCCUGUUCUGCGGACAACCUUUCAUAUCGAGAGUGUGCGAUUGGUGUUUGCUGUGAAACUGCAUUGAAGAGUGAUCCUGGUAAUGAUACUUAUUAUUAUCAUUGUGAUGAUGACGAUGAACCAGAAGCAAAGAAGAAGAAGCAAAAUGAAGACAACGAAAAGCCUUCUUGCAAGGUCUGCUUCUUUCCCUUCGACAACGAUCAUCCUGAAGCUGUGAUCAUCCCAUGCGGCCACAAAGCCUGCUUCAACUGCAUCUCCAAGCUUCCUGAGAAAGACUGUCCUAGCUGCCGCGCAAAGUUCUCCGAUGAGAAUGUUUACAAGGUUUACAACUAA